AUGAUAGCCGAGCUGGAACUCUGCGACAAAGAUGAAGAGAAUUCAACACCGUGUUAUUUUUGCUACAAGAGCCAGUGUUUCCUUCUCAGUUGCUACAAGAGCCAGUGUUUCCUUCUCAGUUGCUACAAGAGCCAGUGUUUCCUUCUCAGUUGCUACAAGAGCCAGCUUGUUGUGACUCUUGCUAAAAGAAAAAGGAGAGCAUCCUCUUACGAACAGGCCAUCGACCUCGGAGACGAGAAACCUUGUAUCCUCGAGAUCUUGACGACGGAUGAAGGGGGCGACCACCAUCAAAAAAGAGGAGUCAAAUUUCAUUCUUCGAACACUGAUCUCCAUCAACUGGAUGGUAUCAACUUCCGUUCCUCGAAGUCGAACUCUUCACUCGAUUCGGCGGACUUUCCCUUCGAGCAGAAUUCUUCCUCCGUGUUCAAGCCGAAGGAAUUAACCCAGACCACCGGCUCCCGCCUAAGCCUACAAACACAAAGAGAUCGUCACGUCACACUGUCCACCGAAACAUACGCAGUUCCCGUAAUGCUAGUGUUCGAGUUAGGUUACGGUUCAAAUCAUUUUGGAUUUCUUAAGAAGGAAAUCCUAGUGUUCUAUUCAACGCUUGAGACGAACGUGGUCAACGAUAAGGAUUUCUUAGUGUCGUGUGACUCCCCAGUGAAACCGAGACUGAAGCACCUCGGGUUCGCAUUGUGUGUGGAUCUCUGGUGUUGUCUACCAGAGUAAACAUGAUUCAUGAGAAGCCCUCAAUAAACAAACCAAAACCCGAAAGUGAGACAUCGCUCACAAAG